AUCGAUUGUAAAUUUUGAUAUACCGAUAACAACAAAGACCUGACAGAAGACACUAGAUGGUCCUAGAUUCAAAUUCGACGAAGAGCGGAACUUCAUUUGAUCAAAGCUCAGCGAGGACAAUAAUAACGACCUAGACAUAAUAUAGAAAAUGUCAACAUUGACUCUUUGUUCAUUUAACAUGGGGUCCACAGAAGAAGAAACAGCGAUGGAAAACAAGAGGAAAGUAGUUAUAGCAAUGGAUGGGAGCGAACAUGCUAUGUAUGCAUUACAAUGGUACAAAGAAAACGUCCAUAGAUCAACUGAUUACGUGUACCUGAUACAUUCCAUAGAGCUUCACCACGUGCUUCAUAAUUCAAAAUGGCAGUAUUCUCCACAACAUAACAACAUUGAAACUGUAGGACCAUUGAUAAAAGAAGAACAUGUAAUCAUUCAAAAUAAAUUGGAAAAAUUCUCACAGCAUCUUAAAGAUCUCCAGAUUGAUGGCGAGGCUAAACCAGUUGAAGCCAAAAGCGCGGGAGAAGGUGUUGUGCACGAAGCAAAUGAACUGGGUGCCAAUUUAAUCAUUACUGGUACCCGAGGAUACGGGAAAGUUCGUCGCACAAUUCUGGGAAGUGUUAGUGACUAUAUCAUACACCAUUCUUCAGUGCCUGUUAUUGUUUGUCAUAAAAAGAAAGAAAAACAUUGAAACGUAUAGUAGGAAUCCAGUUUGUUUCCAAGAAUUAACAGGACCGUGUUACGAACAUAAAACUGCAUCGGAAUAUAGUCCAUAACAUUUAGCAUUAAAUCAGAACUUUAAAAUGCCAUGAUUUUAAAGUGAUUUUUGAAUGUAAUGAAAUAUAACUUACAAUUUUAUUACGUCAUUGUCAUGUUAAACAUUUACUGUAUACAAUUGUCCGAUGUAUCAAAUGAAUCCUUGGUGAGUUGUAUCGAUUUUUUCAUGAUUCUUGAAAAUAAAAUAAGAUCUAACUGUU